UUCUGUUUCACGCGGUUGAAGCCAGGUUUUCCUCGGCAGUAGCGGCUCUCCUGGCGUGUACGUCGUACCGCCGUCCAGGCCCCUCGCAUCGCCUGUAGCUGUGACCUAUUGCUGAUUUGGAGUCCCCCCGCUGCCGCCACCACGAUGGCUCCCGGUGAGAUGGCUCCCAACGAGAUCGCACAAGCUCUAGCAGUGGACAAGGUGGCGACCAACGGCGUCGCCAAUGGCGUCGAGACCGACAGACGCGCCAACAACGGCGACGUAGAGGCUGAGGAGCCUGACAACGACCUGGACGAGGGCGAGGGGGAGGGGGAGGGCGGUGGUGCUCAGGAGGGGGACAAGAAGAAGAAGCGACGCAAGAAGAAGAAAAAGGCACCUGCCGCACCGCAGCCAGCGGCACCCGUGGGCCCCGACGCGGCGACCGAGGUGACUGAGGUGACCACCAUAACCAACGGUGUGGCGGAUGAGGCCAAGGCAGAGGCUGAGGCCAGCCCUGCCGUCGUGGAGGCGGCUAACGAGGUCCAGGAGGGGGAGGGGGAGGGCGGCGACGAGGGCGGCGCGACAUCGGCUGCAGCCAAGAAGAAGCGACGCAAGAAGAAGAAGGCUGCCGCGACACAGAACGACGAUGACGCCCUGCUGGAGGAGGCGGCUUCCUCCGCCGCGCAGGCCCAGCAGCCGUCAUCCGCCCCUGAGUCCCGUAAACCGCUCGUCCAGACGACGCUGCCGGCGCAGGACAACAGCGUGUUUCGGCUGGUGGGGAGCUGGAGUGAGGUCAAGGACACCUACCAGACGAGCCCGCCCAAGGUGCCGAUUCACGAGUUGUAUGCUGACGAGCAGUACCCUCGGGGCGAGGAGGUGGAGUACGUUGGGGAGAACGCCAAGCGUGUGACGGACGAGGAGAAGAGGGAGCAGGAGAGGCUCCACAACGUCGACUACAACCAGGCCAGGAGGGCCGCUGAGUGCCACAGACAGGUGGGUGAGGUGGGGGGGAGCAGAGCAACCACACAGGGCCGGGGGACAGACAGACAGGACACACACACUCAUGCAUGCAUUCACUCAUUCAUUCGCGGAAGGUGGUACGCCUUUGUGUGUGUGUGUGUUGGGUACCCUCCCUAGGUUCGUAAGUAUGCGCAGUCGUACAUCCGUCCGGGCAUGCCGAUGGUGGAGAUCUGCCAGCGGUUGGAGCAGAAGACGCACGAGCUCAUCGCGGCCAACGGGCUCGACUGCGGCUGGGGCUUCCCCACCGGAUGCAGCAUCAACAACUGCGCCGCUCACUACACACCCAACUAUGGCGACAAAACACUCCUCCAGGUCGGUAUAUGAAUAGGGUGGGUGGGGGCGGCAGACGCACUGCACUGGGCUUAUGACUCUUUGUGCUGUGUGUCUGUGUGCAGGAGUCCGAUUUGUGCAAGUUGGAUUUCGGUGUGCAUGUGGGCGGUCGGAUCAUCGACUGUGCGUUUUCGAUUGCGUUUGACUCCAAGUACGACAGCCUCAUCCUGGCCUCCAAGGACGGCACCAACACGGGGCUCAAAGAGGCCGGCGUCGACGCCAGGUACGCCCGCACCACGCCGCACCCAUGUGAUGUAUCUAUCUUGUUGGUUGAUGUGAGGGGUGAGACAGACAUACAGACAGACAGACACAGACAGACAGACAGACAGUCAUGAUUCGUUGUGUUGUGUGUGCAGGUUCUCUGAGAUAGGUGCGGCCAUCCAGGAGGCCAUCGAAUCGUAUGAAGUGGAACUCGACGGAAAGGUGUGUAUGUGCAGACAGAUAGACAGAUACAAAGAAGGAGUAUCGACCCUCAUCCACCCGUCCACUUGUGUGUGCGCAACAGACGUAUCGCGUCUUGCCCGUGCGCAACCUCAACGGCCACUCUAUCAUGCCCUACCAGGCACACACACACACACACAUCCAUGUCAAUGUCAUGUGCAUGUCCAUGUGCAUUGAUGCGAUGCGGUGUGUGUGUGCAGGUUCACGGUGGCAAGUCGGUGCCCAUCGUCAAGAACAACGACAGCACCAAGAUGGAGGAGGGCGAAUUCUACGCCAUCGAAACCUUCGCAUCCACCGGCAAGGGGUCAGUGCACUCACUCACUCUAAGAAGGGCAGCUAGAGGUCCAGCUGAAUUCGAUUGGAUCGGUGUGGUGUGGUGUGGUGUGAUGUCGGUAUGUCGGUAUAUGUGUGUUGUGUGUAGGUAUGUGAUCGAGGACAUGGAGUGCAGCCACUACAUGAAGGUACAGACCGACCCACACACCCAUCCAUAACACACAAAUGCCACAUUGUCAGUGUCUGUGGCAUUUUCUGUGUGGUUUGAUGUGCGUCGGUCGCUGUCCAGCGUUGGGAUGCCGGCCACGUGCCGUUGCGGCUCCAGAGCGCCAAGACGCUCCUCAGGGCCAUCGACACACACUUCGGCACGCUAGCAUUCUGCCGGUGAGCAACUCGUGAGGGCGCGGCGCAACCACACAGCCACUGAACACGCACACACAGGCUUAUGGUCUGGUCCGUCCCUAUGUGUGUGUGUAUGUGGUUUGUCUGUCAGUCGUUGGUUGGACGAUUUGGGUCAGCAGCGUCACCUGAUGGCGCUCAAGACCCUGGUGGACAACAACAUCGUCACGCCAUACCCGCCGCUGUGCGACAUGAAGAACUCGUACGUCUCACAGAUGGAGCACACUCUGCUCCUGCGACCUACAUGCAAGGAAAUCAUCUCGAGGGGAGACGACUUCUGACUGACUGAACCUAUCAGUGGGGGAGGGACGGAGGGAGUGGCCGCCGGUUGUCGGUCGUGUCGAUUGCACUCACUA